AUGUAAGAACCUCCUUCUUACAGUUCACUUUGUGAGUCAACUACUCAUGUAAGAACUUCCUUCUUACAGUUCACUUUGUGAGUCAACUACUCAUGUAAGAACCUUCUUCUUACAGUUCACUUUGUGAGUCAACUACUCAUGUAUGAACCUCCUUCUUACAGUUCACUUUGUGAGUCAGCUACCCUGGUGAGAACCUCAGUUUUACAGUUUACUUUUUUCAGACAAUUACUUUGUUUUACAGUUUGCCCAUGCUGCUGUCAGAUUGUAAGGUUAACAUGUUUCAGAUGAAUGUCACUCUUCACAUUAGAUGAUAGAAGAUUUAGUGGCUAUUUACUACAAAGUAAUGGAUGGUUAGAUGCAGUGUGAGAAAACUAAGAACAGGAACUAAUUUAAACAGUGAAUCCACCAUAGUAACAUCUGUCAAAUUUGGGUAACACUAUGAACACACAUCAUUAUGGUGUUUAUCUUUUCUGUAUUUAUAUAAAAUUCCUCUCACUAUAAUGGAAUAAUAACAAACAAUCAGUAGAAGUGAAUUUCAUAAUUUUGUGCUUAAAAUGUUUUAGUUGCUAUUUGUGGUGAGUGGUUCAUACCAAUAAAAGUUUUGUGAGACAUAAUUUUGAAGCCGAUGUUGUGUAACAUCAGUGAUAUUAUAUACCUACAACAACAUUUCAUAUCACUAAAAGCUAUUUUCUUCUCCAUGUCUGAAUCAUGCUGUAACUUCCCAGGUACAGAGAAGCAGCAUAUGGCUGAAGGUUGUAUCUUCUGUGGCUCCAAGCUAUCUUGUCACCAGCCUACAGAUGAUCAAGAAUGUCCCUGUGACUGGCAUGGUGCUUUGAGGCUGAAGGCUGAGCAGGGUUUGGAACUUUCUGUGAGAGAAAAGGCUUUGCGGGUUCCAGAAUUUCCGUGUUCUCAGGUUAUUGAAGAAUAUUUGAAUUAUCAAGAUCACCUACCAGAAGGAACAGUAAAAUGGAAAACCCCAAAGUGGACUUCAUUUCAGCUCUUCACUGAAGCAAAGUUAAAAUGGCCUAUCAAGUACUGUUGGGAGAAAUAUUUGCCCUUGCUGACUCUGUGGCAGUUAAAAACAAUUCUUAACAAAUCAGAGUGCACUGUUUUCAAAUUGAACCCCAGUAGGUCAGUAACAGUUUCAGUUCGGUUCUGUGAAAAAUUGAACACUUGUAUAUCUUGGAAUGCUGUUCAGUGAUAACUUUAGAGCACAAUUCCUUUCCUUUCUAAAUAUGUUGGGUCGAUGCUAAGAUCCGUGUUUCAAGCUGUAUUGUUGAACUCGACGUCUGACAUUGUAUUUGAUAUGUUUUAAGUACACUUCCCAACAAUGUAACAGUUCUUAGUCCUCUGGUCCUGCAUUGUAGUAUUGUAUAAUAUAUUUCACCAUUUUAAUACAGAAUAGUUUUAGAAAUUUGCUGUCUGUUCAUAUCAGAAUUCACCGU